GUUUUUUGUCGUAACUAUUUAUAUAAAUAUGAGAUUAUAGUCAAGAAUCGAUUUUAGAGUUUGUUAAGGAUAAUGAAUCGUAAAAUUGAUGAUAACCAACAAUCCUUUCAAUAACACCCAUACAAUUUAUUUUUUACGUUCUACUAUUAUUAUACAACGUCAUAUCAAGCAUUUUAUUAUAAGGAAAUUUUUAACUAAUAUUUACAAUAAUUUGCCCACAUCUUCCCCUAUUGAUAAUCGGUGGCCCUCAUGUUUAAAAUGUUUUAUAGAAGUUAACGAAGAAUUAAAAAGAAUAUUUCAUAAAUGGAGAUGUUAUAAGUAUAGACAAAAAUUAGAUCAAAUUGAAUGUAACAAAAUGCAUGAGAAGGCUAUUGCCAGUACUAUAUUCAAGGAUAAGAAGUUAAGUUAUGCUAGAAGUGUACCUCAUAUAUUUUGUGGAGAUUAUAUUAAAUUGCGGCAAAAUCCUAAGUGGCUUAAAAUGUCCCAUGAAACAUAUGAGCAUUAUAUAGUUUUUGCUGACAUUGUUCACAAAAUUAAUCGGUCAGAUGGAAGUUUUGUACAAAAAUUAUUAGUGGUGACUACUAAAGGACUUUUAAUUAUUGAUUACCGCACACUUGAAGCAAAAUAUAUCAUACCUGCUUUUGAAAUAAUACAAAUAUCUUUAAGUCCAUUUUCAGAUGGAAUUGUAGCCUUCAAUAUAAAACCUCAUGAAAAAUCUCAAAAAGGUGACUUUAUGAUAAUAAGCAAUCAUGCUAUUGAAAUCACAUCAAAACUUUAUUUAGUUAUUUUAAAUAUAUGUAAUAAACCACCCAUUAUUUCUAUCAGUCCUAAGUUUCAAUUAAAUCUCUUAAAUACAAAACUAAAUGUUACUGUAAUUUCUGAAAGAUCUCCAAUUGAUGAAAUUUUUGCUCAAUUACCUAAGAUUUCCAAAAAAGCUAAUGACAUGAAUAUAAUUAUUUAAUAAUUUUAUAAACAGUUUUUUUUACAAAUGUGCAAUACAAUAAUAAUCUUUUUUAUUCAACCAAUGCAUUUUCAUUUAAUGAUCAAAACAUGAAUCAUUUUGUAAAUUUGUACAAUAUUUUAAAUUAAUCCAACAUUCCUGUAUGAUUUGUUUAUACUUCUAUCUGUUUUUUCUUUUAAUCGUUCUCUCACUGAAGCCUCAUGUCUAAAUAUUACAAUAAAAUAAUAUUUUUAUAAAAACAUAGUGGGAUGGUUGAUAUAUAAAG